UGUCUGCAGCAGAGUCAGUCCGCACCGUCCUCCGCCUCCUCCUCCAGCUCAGCAGCAUAAUGUCUGCGCCUGUCAACCAGCAGCGCUUCAGCUCCAGCUCCCUGGGAGGCUGGACGCUGGAGUCCUCCUGCAUCGGCCCCCGGAGAGUCUCACACAGCGUGCAUGGAGGAGCCGGCUGCUUCGGGACGCGCAUCUCCCAGGGGUCGUACUUCAACUCCUCGUGCUCUGCAGGCGGCGACUGGCCUGUGCUCAACGAAGGCAAGUUCACCAUGCAGAACCUCAACGACCGUCUGGCCUGCUACCUGGAGAAGGGCUCUGGUCAUUAAGCAAGUGACAGUGGAAGUUGAAGAGCAAAAGCCCCACAUUGAGAAGAGAGUGAAGACCAUCGUGGAGGAAAUUGUCAAUGGACAAGUUGUGUCCUCCUCUGUUGACACUCAAGUGCAUACUGUUCAGUAGCCUGCCUGCCUCCUCUAAAACCUGCUGAGUUUGUGAUUUAGCUGUGCUUUUUAGCUGGCCGCAUGUUGUUUUUGGUGUUUGGGAUUUGUCUUGACAUAUGCAGCGAACUUGAUUUCUGCGAUGGUCUUUAUCCGGGCUCUGCUUUUGGAAAAAUCAUAACCCCAAAAAAAAUUAAAAAAAAAUCAAAUAAACAACUUCAAAAAUCCAGUGGCAAACAAACAGAAAGUGAAUCUGGGCUCAGAUAAAUGUCUGUCAUUUUGAUCAUAGUUGAAGCUCAUGCCCCUCUGUACGUUAAUCAUAGUAACUAAAGAUAAAAUAUAUAACAAUACUGCAAAGGUUUUAUAAACCCAGUGUUGAUCUCUUCAGAGAACAUAAAUUUCACUUUGAUGUAAUGUACAUUAUGACCACCAGGUGUCUCUGUUGUCUCUGUGAAGACGGUCUGGCACAGCUUCAUGUUGCAUAACCUGAAUUUGCUAAAAUGGAAACAGAUUUUUUUUGUGUGUGCUGCAAAACAGACUCUUCCAAAUAUGGUUAGCUUGGUUCACUGGCAGUAAGUUAAUUAUCUGUUGGAUGAGUAAAACUGAAGCUUUAUUACACAUCCAAAAGUCCUGGAGGAAACGGAGCCAAUGCUGGAAAUGAU